CGUUUCGUCGGUCACGUGGGGUCUGUGGCGGAGGAGACGCUGAGAAAGUGGUGUCUUCUUCACGUUCACAUUAACGGCGAGUUCGUCGAACCGAGCAGCCCAGCCGUGAUUUAUCCUCGAGGGACAACUUCAAAAAAAAAAAAUAAAUAAAUAAAAAACGGAGUGUUUUCGUCGUCCGAGGGGCGAGGUGCUUCAAACAGGAGUGGUUCGGUGUUUCACUCACAGCGGACAGAGUCUUCAGGGGAACCAAAAUGCUGUUCGGGGACGAUGUUUGGUUGAAAUCAUAUCUUGACUGGUCGCUGUGAAGACUCACGGUGUUUCUCUGCUCUACUCUUUUGUGUUAAAGUGGAAGUUUUUGUUUCCUUUUAAUUUAUUUAUUUAUUUAUUUAUUUUUUGGUUGAAGGCGCCUCCCGUGGCGUGGACUUGUAGCGUUUCUGCCAGUGUAUCUGGGCUACCUCUGAGGACCGGGGCAGCCAGGCGGAGGAGGAACCCCCACGAAAAUGGUGCAUUACGGAAUUUUAACCUCGAAACUGAGAGUGACGGUUCUUCGCCGUGGUGAGUGACAGCAUGGGAAGAGGCAGAUCCGAGGAGCUCCCAGCCCGACGUUGAUGAGACAGAGCCUCCCUCUCCAUGUUCUACUGUGAAUGCUUGACUCUGCUGCUUGUGACCGAUACGCGCACCUAAAGGACCUGCUGGGUGACGGGACGGCGGGGUGCGUUGUGAUGCUUCUGCUCCAUUUUUUUUCUGGUUCCAGUUUUGGUUUCUCCAGCAAGAUCCUCGCUGUCCUAGAAUGGCUCGCUUUGAAGACGACCUUCCCAGCCGUUACGGUGGCAGUCCCUCGGUCCCGGCCAGAGGGGCCAGUCGGCAGCCGGGGCCUCCAGGGGGCCAGAGGAUGUACAAGCAGACGAUGGCCCAGAGAGCCAGAACCAUGGCAAUUUACAACCCUAUUCCAGUCAAACAGAGCUGCCUCACCGUCAACCGCUCGCUGUUCAUCUUCAGCGAGGAUAAUAUCAUACGGAAAUAUGCCAAAAAGAUCACCGAAUGGCCUCCAUUUGAGUACAUGAUCCUGGCCACCAUUAUAGCAAACUGCAUUGUGCUGGCCUUGGAGCAACACCUACCAGCCUCAGAUAAAACCCCGAUGUCAGAGCGCUUGGAUGACACAGAGCCCUACUUUAUUGGAAUCUUUUGUUUUGAGGCUGGCAUCAAGAUCAUUGCCCUGGGCUUUGCCUUUCACAAAGGCUCCUACCUGCGUAAUGGCUGGAAUGUAAUGGACUUUGUGGUGGUCCUAACAGGGAUCCUCGCCACAGUGGGGGCUGACUUUGAUCUGAGAACACUGAGGGCAGUGAGAGUGUUGCGGCCACUCAAACUGGUCUCUGGCAUUCCAAGUCUUCAGGUGGUAUUAAAAUCCAUUAUGAAAGCCAUGGUGCCUCUGCUGCAGAUCGGCUUGCUGCUGUUCUUUGCUAUCCUUAUGUUCGCCAUCAUCGGCCUCGACUUCUACAUGGGAAAGUUUCAUCGCACCUGCUUCAGGACAGACACAGGUGAGCAGGUAACAGAUUUCCCAUGUGGCCUGGAGGCUCCAGCAAGGACCUGUGGCAAUGGCACUGCCUGUAGGGAGUACUGGCUUGGACCCAACUUUGGCAUCACCAAUUUUGACAACAUCCUCUUUGCUGUUCUCACCGUUUUCCAGUGCAUCACCAUGGAGGGAUGGGUGGACAUCCUCUACAAUGCCAAUGAUGCCUCAGGUAACACGUGGAACUGGCUGUACUUCAUCCCCCUCAUCAUCAUUGGUUCCUUCUUCAUGCUCAACCUGGUGCUUGGUGUGCUGUCGGGGGAGUUUGCAAAGGAGAGAGAGCGUGUGGAGAAGAGACAAGAGUUCCUGAAGCUCCGCAGACAACAGCAAAUAGAGAGAGAGUUAACUGGGUACCUGGAGUGGAUCUGCAAAGCAGAGGAGGUGAUGCUGGCUGAGGAAGACAAGAAUGCAGGGGAGAAAUCUCUGGAUGGAGCAUGGUACAAAAGGAAACACAACAACUCUGUGCUGAAAAGGACCAAGAAGAGUAAGAAUGACCUCAUUAGUGCAGAGGAGGGGGAGGACCACUUCACUGACAUCUCAUCUGUUGCCCCCCCAGGGUCGCCGUUUGCCCGCACCAGUGUGAAAAGCAAGAACGAGAGCUCAUCUUACUUAAGGAGGAAAGAAAAGAGGAUUCGCUUCACCAUCCGCCGUCUGGUCAAGUCUCAGAGCUUCUAUUGGACAGUGUUGUGUCUCGUUGGCCUUAACACGCUGUGUGUAGCCAUAGUACACUAUGACCAACCUGAGUGGCUCACCUAUGCACUAUACCUAGCCGAGUUUGUAUUCUUGGGGCUGUUCUUGGCAGAGAUGUCCAUGAAAAUGUAUGGCCUGGGACCCCAGAACUACUUCCAUUCCUCAUUCAACUGUUUUGACUUUGGGGUGAUUAUUGGCAGUAUUUUUGAGGUGAUCUGGGCUGCCAUCAAACCUGGAGCCUCGUUUGGCAUCAGUGUCCUGCGAGCACUGAGACUGCUCAGGAUCUUUAAAGUCACCAAGUACUGGAACUCUUUGAGGAACCUGGUGGUAUCCCUGCUCAACUCCAUGAAGUCUAUCAUCAGCUUGUUGUUCCUGCUCUUUCUCUUCAUUGUAGUCUUUGCUCUGCUGGGCAUGCAGCUUUUUGGUGGCCAGUUUAAUUUUGAAGAUGAAACGCCAACAACCAACUUUGACACUUUCCCAGCAGCUAUUCUCACCGUCUUUCAGAUUCUGACCGGAGAGGACUGGAAUGCAGUCAUGUACCACGGAAUUGAAUCACAAGGGGGCGUUCAUGGUGGAAUGUUCUCCUCUAUUUAUUUCAUUGUUCUAACUCUCUUUGGAAACUACACACUUCUCAACGUGUUCCUGGCCAUUGCUGUUGAUAACCUUGCAAAUGCUCAGGAGCUCACUAAGGAUGAAGAGGAGCAAGAGGAGGCUAUUAAUAAGAAGCUUGCACUCCAGAAGGCCAAGGAGGUAAAGGAGGUCAGCCCCAUGUCAGCCGCUAACAUUUCCAUCACAGCUUUUCUAACACGCAGUCGAGGUAACGCGCACUCUAGCAGCUCAUCCAUCUGCAGCGUUAACUCACUGAGUUAUGUCUGCACCCCAGUCCAUCACUACCUGAGUAAGGAGCAGCAGAGGUCAGUGAAGACAAUGUCAGUGUGGGAGCAGAGGGCCAAUCAGUUAAGGAAGCAGAACCUGGCGAGCUGUGAAGCCCUAUACAGCGAACUAGAGCCUGAGGAGCAUCUUCGCCUGUCCACGGUCCUCCACAUCCGGCCUGAAAUGAAGACCCACCUUGACCGUCCACUAGUUGUUGAGCCUUUGCUGGGAGACCACCACCACCAUCACCGCAGGCCAUACACGUCAGAGGAAGCAGAGACUGCCGGAGACCCUCCAAUCGCCCCUAAACAGCCCCGCCGUCAUCAUUGCCAUCGAGACAGGAACCGGGCCAGAACAAAAGAGGAGACCAAUGAUAACAGUGAGACCGGUAAGGAAGGAAGGCACCACCUUCAUCACAGCCGCGCCAAAGAUCACGACAGUAACUGGUGCAAAGAUGGGAAGAGCAGGAGGUCACGCAGCCGAGAGGGAGGCAGGAAGCAUCACCACCAGAACUCAGUGGAUGACAGUGGAGGUGGGGGAGUCAUGAGUGAGAGAGAGCACCGCCAUCAUCACUCACACCGACAGUCCCGAGGGGGCAACGGGACAGUGAACAGUGGAGGUGGGGGAGAGCGAAGGUCCCAUCACAAAGAUGGACAUUUGUCCAACAGGGAUGGGGAUAGGAAUUCCAGAGGAGACAGCGGUGCCGAUGGAGAGAGGAGGAGACAUCGGACUCAUGGAUCCAGGGGCCAGCCCACAGCUGAAGGAGAGGAAGGCAAUGAGAGAGAGAAGACCCACAGUCACAGGUUUGGUGACUCAGAGGGGGAGUCCUUAGCCAUCUCUCCUGACCGACCAGAGGACUCAGACAACCAGAGAAAUGUCAGAAGAACUGGCCAAACCUCCAUCCAGGUUCCUCCUCUGACUAUCACCUCCCCACCUGGAGAGACCACCUGCAUACAAAUGAACAUUGAACAGCCCAUGAAUGAGAAGACCCUGGAGGACCUAUCUCAAAGUGGACCCAAACCUAUUCUGCCUUACAGUUCAAUGUUCAUCUUUGGACAGGCCAAUCCGGUGAGGCGGUUAUGUCACUAUAUUGUGACCCUACGUUAUUUUGAGAUGUCUAUCCUUGUUGUCAUUGCUAUGAGCAGCAUCGCUCUGGCAGCAGAGGACCCCGUCUGGACAAAUGCCCCUCGCAACAAUGUGCUCAAAUACUUGGACUACGCCUUUACUGGAGUUUUCACUUUUGAAAUGGUGAUUAAGAUGGUGGACCUGGGUCUGCUGCUUCAUCCUGGUUCCUACUUCAGAGACCUGUGGAACAUUCUGGACUUCAUAGUGGUUAGUGGGGCGCUGGUGGCUUUUGCAUUUUCGGGGACCAAAGGCAAGGACAUCAGCACUAUCAAGUCACUGAGGGUUCUCCGAGUUCUCAGACCUCUCAAGACCAUCAAACGUCUGCCAAAACUCAAGGCGGUGUUUGACUGUGUAGUCAACUCGUUGAAGAACGUGCUGAACAUCCUCAUUGUUUACAUCCUCUUCAUGUUCAUCUUUGCUGUCAUCGCGGUUCAGCUCUUCAAGGGAAAAUUUUUCUAUUGUACUGAUGAGUCCAAAGGCCUGGAGAAGGACUGCAAAGGACAGUUCCUAGACUACGACAAAGAUGAUGUGGCUGCUAUGACAAGGGAGUGGAAGAAAUAUGAGUUUCAUUAUGACAAUGUGCUGUGGGCCUUCUUGACUCUCUUCACUGUUUCUACUGGGGAGGGAUGGCCAACUGUUUUAAAACACUCUGUGGAUGCCACCUUUGAAGACCAGGGUCCCAGUCCAGGCUACCGGAUAGAAAUGUCCAUCUUCUAUGUGGUCUACUUUGUGGUCUUCCCUUUCUUCUUUGUCAACAUCUUUGUUGCGCUGAUAAUUAUCACCUUCCAGGAGCAGGGGGACAAGGCCUUGUCUGAGUGCAGCUUGGAAAAGAAUGAGAGGGCUUGUAUUGACUUUGCUAUAAAUGCCAAACCUCUGACACGCUACAUGCCUGAGGACACGCAGUCCUUCCAGUACAGGAUGUGGAAGUUUGUGGUAUCAGCUCCGUUUGAGUACUCCAUCAUGAUCAUGAUUGCUCUCAACACUGUGGUGCUCAUGAUGAAGUUCCAUGGAGCGCCAGACUUCUAUGAAGCAAUGCUGAAGAACCUCAACAUAGUUUUUACCACUCUCUUCUCUCUGGAAUGUAUCCUGAAGAUCAUCGCUUUUGGUCCGCUGAAUUACCUAAAGGAUGCCUGGAACGUGUUUGACUUUGUCACAGUGCUGGGCAGCAUCACUGACAUACUGGUGACUGAAAUCAAUGACAGGCUGCUGAACCUGAGCUUUCUGAGACUCUUUCGAGCUGCUCGACUCAUCAAGCUGCUGAGACAGGGCUACACCAUUCGCAUCCUGCUGUGGACCUUCGUCCAGUCUUUCAAGGCUCUGCCUUAUGUUUGCCUGCUGAUUGCCAUGCUGUUCUUCAUUUAUGCCAUCAUUGGGAUGCAGGUGUUUGGCAACAUUGACCUGAAUGAUGACACAGCUAUCAAUCACCACAACAACUUCCGCACUUUCCUCCAAGCUCUAAUGCUGUUGUUCAGGAGUGCAACCGGGGAGGCCUGGCAUGAGAUCAUGCUAUCGUGUUUGAGUCACCGAGCCUGUGAUGAGCGAUCAGGGUCCCAUGAGAAAGAGUGCGGCAGUGAUUUUGCUUACUUCUACUUUGUCUCCUUUAUAUUCCUGUGCUCCUUCCUGAUGCUGAAUCUGUUCGUGGCGGUCAUAAUGGAUAACUUUGAGUACCUAACUAGAGACUCCUCCAUCUUGGGGCCUCAUCACCUCGAUGAGUUUAUCCGGGUUUGGGCCGAGUACGAUCCGGCUGCGUGCGGACGGAUUUCCUAUAAGGAUAUGUACAAUUUGUUACGCGUUAUCUCACCCCCACUUGGCUUAGGAAAGAACUGCCCUAAUAGGGUAGCAUACAAGCGCCUCGUCAAAAUGAACAUGCCCAUCGCUGACGACAACACGGUUCACUUCACCUCCACCCUGAUGGCCCUGAUUCGCACUGCCCUGGAGAUCAAACUGGCCUCAGGAAUGGUAGCCCAGCGACUAUCUGAUGCUGAGUUAAAGAAGGAGUUGUCCACCGUGUGGCCCAGCCUCUCUCAAAAGACCAUGGACCUGUUGGUGACACCACAUAAACACAAUGAGUUGACAGUAGGGAAGGUUUAUGCAGCCCUGAUGAUCUUCGACUACUAUAAGCAGAAUCGAGCAAGGAGGCUGCAGCAGCAGCAGAGCGUAUCAGGCUCUCAGUGCAAGGUCGGGGCUCUGUUUAAGCCAUUGCUGCCUCUGACUCACAUGCAGGAGAAAGACCUGCCUAUGAUGAUAAACAGUGUGGAGCCUCCCAGCAUGCUUCAACUGCAGCCCAAAUCUCAUCCCAAGUCCCAGCCUCAGACCAGACCUAGCUCCAACUCCCUGAACAAUGGAGGCACGCUGGUGGCUGAGAAAACCAAGGAACCCCCCCGGGCUAAGACUAAGAGAUCCAGAGUCCCGUCAGAGGAUACGCCAGACGCUGCCGUCAUUCAGGAAUCGGUGGAGAUGAGGAAGAUGGAGACCAGCAUCAGUAGUACAAUGCCAGCCCCUGGCUCAGGUUUGGAGAACCAGGGCAGAGCUGCUUCUAUGCCUCGACUCACUGCUGAGCUGCAGCGGAGCCGUUCACGCCACUCUCCAGGGACCCAUCUGGCUUCUGUUGCGGAUGCAAGCCCAAUGAAGCGCUCAGCCUCCACUGUGGCCCCACAGCGGCCCCAGGAGGUCAACCUGGAGAAACCAAGCAAGGACCGACCCCACCACCAUCACCACCACCACCGCUGCCACCAUCGCAGAGACCGAGACAGAGAUAAAGACAAAGACAGAGAGAAGAGGCAGAGAUCUUUGGAUACACCUCUUGUUGGUCAUCCCUCCGGCUCUGGUGGUGCACCAGAAGAGCCAGCAUCUGACCCAGCUGCCUCCAGAGAGCGAGCCCAUGACCGUGGACGUUCCCAUGAGAGGAAACACCACCACUCCUCUGCAGACAAGCAACGCUACUACUCCUGCGACCGCUACUCUAGCCGGGAACACUGCCUCACCAAAUCUGCAACCGCCAGCUGUGCUGCCUCCCCUAGUGAGGGCCAGGAAACCAUCAACAAGCAGGGUAGUGGUUGGGCUAAAGGCAGCCCAGUGGCACUGAGCUCCAGUUCUAGCACGCCAAGCCGUGGACGUCGGCAGCUCCCCCAGACCCCCCUCACCCCGCGACCUGGGGUGGCCUACAAGACUGCCAAUUCUUCCCCUGUGCACUUUGUGUCCAGCCAGGCCUCUCCCAGUCCUGGCAAUCUGAGCCGCGGCCUGUCGGAGCACGACGCCCUCCGUCACAGCGGCUCCCACCACUUCCCCUGCCCCGUCACUCGUAUCAACUCCGAGCCUUUCCUGGGCCGGGGCCACAGCGAGGCCCUGGGCAGCCCCUACUGCAGCCUACAGGACCAGCUGGACGUCUUCCAGGAUGCGGCCUCACUGUCUCCCAGCUUCCGUGUCGGACGCUCAUCUCAGACCGCACUGCCUCGCAUGAUGGGAGCCCUCCUUCCUGCUCCGCAACAGAACCUUGGUGUGCCCAACGGGUACCACUUCAGCUUUGGGGACAGCACCGGCCCAGGCUCUGGCAGCAGGGCACCCAGGUAUUACCAGGAGACAGAGGUGGAUGAAUGGUGCUAGCAUGGCUUUAAAACAACCUUUUUAAUGCAUUUUUGAGGAAUUGUGAUGAGUUUUAUCAUCUUCUUUGAAGGCUUUAGUUUACAUUGUCACUGUGUGUGUGUAAUGCUGUAAUGUGAUCCUAACUUGAAGAGCUACAGUUAAUGAGAACAUCUGAACUGGGAGAAUGCUUUAAGUUUAUAUUAUUUGAAUGUGAACAAAAAGGUUACCUCUUUUUCAAAGAGCUUGUAGCAUUAUGAAACAGAAGAGAAGGUUUUUUUGCCAAGAUCAGAUGUCUUACAGUGACUGUACUUGAUUUACUUUGACUUCAGUGUUUUGUUGACACCACCAUAUUGACCCUCAAGCAGCAUGACAUUAAAAACACAGAUUAGACAUUGACAUGAUGUUAUCGUCUGACUUUGAAGGAAGGAGGACAUCCAGAGAAAUCUUUUGGUGAGAUGGAUAGCACAUAAACUGACUGUGUGUCAAUCAGAACCGUUAGCUUUUUCACGUCAGGGUGAGCUGUUUCUAGUUCCAGAGUAGUAACACAUAUUCACAUUAUGACUAGUGCACUGUGCAGGCUACCUUGUGCCAAACGAGAGGGGGGGUGAUAAGAAAUAGCAUUUUCCCAAAACAUAAAGCUGCAUCAAUUGCAUUAACAAAAUUUCUGCUUGUUGGAGGCAGCACAACACUGACCAGGCAAACAGUUUCCAAACCCUACAUCCAGCAGACACAGAGCAACAUUACCAUUAAUUUGGAGGGUUGUUUCUCAGACAACCCACUUAGCUCCAUUUUGAUCUCUGGCUUUUUAUACAGCUAUCAAAUACUUCACUGUAUUCACCAGCUCAUCUCUUGUUGUGUCCGCUGCUAAUACACAGUGAGUUUAUCAGAACAGCUGCCAGGUAAUAAGGUUGAUGACAGCCACAAGACCUAAUCAAAACAGUUACAGUAUGGGUCUUCAAAAAGAAACAUUCAGCUGAAAGAAGCUAAAAUGCUCUUUCAGCAAAGGACAGCUAUAGAUUAGGGGUAAUUCAACUUGCCUUACAUGUUCUAACUUUAAAUCUAGUAGAAAUAAUUAGUGUAGCUUGAAUGCUAGAUUCUAACUAUUUGCAAGUUUUACAGUCUGUUUUUGCUACAAUAUGAACACUGCUUAGAUGACUGCAGACUCCCACACAGCAUUUUAGACUAGACAGGACAUUAGUGCUUCACUCUGUUUACCACUAACACAAAAUGGAAGAGGGACAUGCAACAGCAUGGCUAAGAUCACAUUUCACCCAAGGUAAGUUGAGUUAAAUUUAUCUGAAACAGUCAUUUCACCUCAUUUGUUAGUAAAGCCAACAGUACAACUCACUACAGAAGCAAUUUAUUUUAAACAAACUUACUUGUAGCUGAAGCUCUGAAGUGUGUUUGAGAGUCAGUAUGGCAGUUUCAAUAGAAAAUGGUGCACUGUAAGUCACAGGAGCUGUACAAAAAUCACAUCAGAAGUUGAAUGAAAUUAUAAGUUAAGUUGCUGGUGAACCUCAGACAUUAUGGCACUGCACAAACAGCCGUGUGUUUCUUUACUUAAGGACUCUACCAUUCCAUGAUGAUGCCUAAUCCUUUAUGACAUUCCCUCAGUGUCAGUAGAACAGAUAAUGUGCUGUCACACAGACGGCGAGGACUGUUUUGUCUGAUAAACAUUUCUAGUAAACUUUAAGAGAGGAGCAAUGCAUGAUAGUGAGAAAAAGCUGACUGAUUUGUUUUCUAUAAAAUUUCCUUGUAAAUGUUCUCUUUUCAUUGUGUGCAUUUUUUGUAUGACAUGGAAAAAACAUAGGUGUGUUUUAUGUGAACUGCUUACAGUUUGCCAUUGUUUCAGGUCUAAUGUUUCUUACAGACUUCUUUGCGAUGUUUUAAGACAAAGUGCCUAUCCUUUUAGAUAUACUGUAGAAAAGAUGCAGUGUCAACUGUUUUCUAAUGCAUCCACACUUGAGUAGAUAUUUUAUUCAUUCUGUAUGCAGCUCUGCAGGAAAACAUGUACAGAAAGCCUUAUCUGCAAGGAGAGAGUCAAUACUUAAAAGACCGUAAUGGAAAAAGUUAAAGUUGAUUAUUUUUGUUGUUUUUGAUAAACUAUGAAAUCGUGUGUGUGACGGAGCAAAGAUCAACAUUGUGGAAACUCUAUGCGAGCAUUUUACUCUGAAAACUGCAUAAAUAUAUCAGCCCAUUUACAUUACUGCCAGUAACACAAUGUGCAUGUUUAGAUGGUAACCUGGUCAGCUACCAGCUACAACCACCACGUAGAGUUCUCUUUUUUCUAUGUUUGGGUAGGGAUGUCACUGUGUGAACUGAGCAGGCUCCUGUCUUGUUCAGCAGAGGGCAGUGGGUGGGGUUAUGAAUGGGCACUUUCCAGAUUUGGCCUCAAAGAGGGUGAUCCAGUCUGACUUUCUAGAUAUUUUAGUAAAGCCAGGCCCUGUAUCUGUGUGUUGGUGUGUGAGUGGGCGUGUUACUGGUAAGCAUGAGUUGUAUAUUGUGCAUUUGUGGGUCUUUUUUUCUUUUGGUUUGGUUUGUGUUGUUUUUUUGAUACAGUUUUCAUCUCAUAAAUAACUGACAAAAAAAAUGAUGUUGUAAUUUCAUGCCAAGUACUUCCAGUAGCUUCUAAUUCACAGUGUGGCCACAUGAAAUGUUACAGUGAUUUAAUCCAUCCAUGUUAAACAUCAGAAUAAAAGAAGUUUUUUUUCCAGAGUAGCCAGUUUGCACUGAUGUUCCUAGUCCACACAGCAAGUAGAAUGACUUUAAAACAGGAAGAGCAACUUCUCCAUCCACAUUAGCAAGAUGCAAACUAUAAUACAAUAACAUUAUUAGCUGUGCUCCAGUUCGCAACAUGUUUUUGUAAUGCAAUCACAUUAGAAAAAAAAACCUUGCUAAAUGCGCAAGACUAACAAAUGUGUUUGUAUAGUGAUUCUGCACUUAAUCAACAUUAUUAAAUUAACUUUAGUUAAUAUUUUAUAUGAUAGUGACCCAGAAUCUGAUGACGUAGCAAUAGAGGGGCUACUUCGUACAAUUAGAAAACAAAUGUGUCUUGAAGAAGGUUGAAAAGUAACUAGAAAAUAGAUGCUACACAGUAAGAUUUUUUUUAAAAGUAUAAUCUAAUUGGCAAUUAAAUAUAAUUUGAGGUAUCAAUCAAGUUAUCUGUUUAAUUGACAUCUGCUGACAUGAUACAUAAUUUUCUAUUUAUAUAGAAUAGUAAAGUACACUCAUUGGCCACCUUAUUGUGGACCUUGCUAGCAAAAGUUUGGACUCCCCUUUUGCCUUCAGAACUGCCUUAAUUUUUCAUGGCAUACUUUCAACAAGGUGUUGGAAACAUUCCUCAGAGUUUUUGGACCAUAUUGACAUGAUAGCAUCACACAGUUGCUGCAGAUUUGUCGGCUGCACAUCCAUGAUCCCAAUCUCCUGUUCCACCACAUCCCAAAGGUUCUAGUGAAUUGAGAUCUGGUGACUAUGGAGACGAUUGGAGGACAGUGAACUCAUUAUGUUGAACAAACCAGUCUGAGAUGAUUUGAGCUUUGCGAUAUGGUGUAUUAUCCUGCUGGAAGUAGCCAUCAGAAGAUGGGUACACUGUGUUCAUAAAGGGAUAGACAUGGUUAGCAGCAAUACUCAGGUAGGCUGUGCAGUUUAUACAAUGCUCGAUUGGUACUAAGGGGCCCAAAGUGUGUCAAGGAAAUAUUCUCCACACAAUUACACCAUCAGCAUUCUGAACCGUUGAUACAAGGCAGGAUGGAUCCAUGCUUUCAUGUUGUUCACACCAAUUCUGACUAUCUGAAUGUCGCAGCUGAAAUGGAGACUCAUCAGACCAGGCAAUGGUUUUCCAGUCUUCUGUUCUCUAAUUCUGGUGAGUCUGUGUGAAUUGGAGCCUCAGUUUCCUGUUCUUAGCUGGCAGGAGUGGCACUUGACGUGGUCUUCUGCUGCUGUAGCCCAUCUCCUUCAAGGUUCAAUGUGUUGUGCAUUCAGAGAUGGUAUUCUGCAUUCCUUGGUUGUAACGAGUGGUUAUUUGAGUUACUGUGCCUUUCUAUAAUCUCCAACCAGUCUGGCCAUUCUAAUCUGACCUCUCACAUCAACAAAACAUUUUUGUCCACACAACUGCCACUCAUUGGAUAUUUUCUCUUUGUUUGAACCAUUCUCUGUAAAUCCUAGAGAUGGUUGUGCAUGAAAAUCCCAGUAGAUCAGCAGUUUCUGAACUACUGGCACCAACAACCAUUCCACGUUCAAAGUCACUUAAAUCCCCUUUCUUCCUCAUUCUGAUGGCUCUGUUUGAACUUCAGCAGUUUGUCUUGUGAUUGUUAGAAGAGGUGUAUCUAGUAAUGUGGCCGGUGAAUGUACAUUUACUUCUUCAAUUUUAUUUACAAAAUCAUUGUACUGUAGGUUGCUGAUUUUUUUUCUUUAGCUAUAUCAUUGUCAAUGUUUGACUUUUAAAAUUUUGAUGACAAUAUUGGUCCUUUCAAACAUGCACUCCCAUUAACCUGACCACAUCUAAAUGUGUUGGCUUCAUGUCUGAAGAAGCACCCUGUGUACUUUUAUGUUAGAGUCGCGAUGGCAAUCUUACUAGGUAGGACCAAGUAACAUUCCUGUAUCACUUUCAACACAGCACAAGUCUGACGUACAUGCAAUCAUUAACAGAUAGGCACAUCAAAGCGACUUCCUCUGAGUUCUGUGAAAUGAUUUGGGGAAACUUUAGUCCACAUUUAUAUUCAUUUAUUUAUUUAUUUUUACCUACAGCUACCUACAGCAUUAAACGGCCACAAGAUCCAUAUGAGAAUCUCCAAAGAGAGGGAUCUGCACAAAUUUACACACAUGAAACAACAGCAGUAACUUCAUUAUUACAUAUCUAUAAUCACUGACAUGGAGAAAGAAUCCAUCAGCGUCUAACAUUUAAAUGAUACGGCAAAUUUUUUCUCUCCUCAGAGAGGUGAGCUGUAACAAAGAGUCACAGUUAAUGGAGUUAAAACAUGGUAGCAACAUCACACUACGAAAAAAUAUUCACUGGGAAAUCAUAAAUAAAUUAGGCUGUUAUUUGGACUGUUUGAUAAGCUUGAUAUUAGUUUAGAUUUUGUAUUGACUUGUGUUUAUUGGCGCAUUAUUAUGUAUUAACCUCCACAGGAUAAAAGUACAUGGCCAAGGGAUGGAUGGGUGGAUGUUACGUUUUAUAUAGACUGUAUGUUCUGUCCAAUAUAAUUCAAUUCGAUUCAGUUCAAUUCGAUUCAGUUCAAUUCAAUUCAAUUCAAUUCAAUUCAAUUCAACUGAAUCGAAUGGGGGGGGCAUAAAACACAAAAUUUGAUACAUGCACAAUAAGACAGAUGAUACAUGCAAAGUACAACUGACAUGGAAACUAAUUAUAGUUUACUGCUAUGGUGUACGGCUCUGGCAUUAAAUAUACUACAUAUAUAGCUGGUGGUGAAAUUCAGUAAUAUGUAGAUGAGCAAAUCAAGUAUAGUAAGGGCAAUGCAAAGUAGAUCGGUGGAAAUGGGCAGCUGGAAGCAGUGGGCUGGAGGAAGGUCAGCAGCAGCAUCCCACAGAUGGAGAUUAGGCCAGUUGGUGGGAGAACAACCACAGAUCUGAAGCAUCCAGCUCUGGGACCAGGGACACUUGGAGAAAGGACACAGGGAGAAACAGAGUGAAUGUAAUGCAAUAAUGGUAUAUAUAGUAAAUACAUAGGUAGUUAGAGAAGGGCUCAGUGCAUCAAGAGAGGUUCCCCAGCAGUCUAGGCCUAUAGCAGCAUAACUAGGGGCAAACUAAAGGAUGUCGAGAGGGGAAGUCAGUAGUGCAAAUGAAAACACCAGCUCACCCCGUCAGGGUCACCCAGUCAGCCCUAACUAUAAGCUUUGUCAAAAAGGAAGGUUUUAAGCCUGGUCUUAAAAAUAGAGAGGGUGUCCGCCUCCCGAACCCAAACUGGGAGCUGGUUCCACAGGAGAGGUGCCUGAUAACUGAAGGCUCUGCCUCCCAUUCUACUUUUAGAGAUUCUAGGAACAACAAGUAAGCCUGCAGUCUGAGAGCGAAGAGUUCUGUUAGGAUAAUAUGGUACUAUCAGGUCUUUAAGAUUAUGAUGGAGAUCGGUUGU